GGCUGGCGGCGGGACAUUCGAAUCCAGAGUAAACACGGGAGAAGAACGGAGACCAAACCUGGCGGACAUGGGGACCAGAGCCGGGCCGGCCACCAACGGCUAUGAGCGCCUCACGGCGGAUGAGAUGGACGAGCAGCGGCGGCAGAAUGUCGCUUAUCAGUACCUGUGUCACCUGGAGGAGGCAAAGCGCUGGAUGGAGUCCUGUCUGAACGAGGAGCUGCCGCCCCCUACCGAGCUGGAGGAGAGCUUGCGCAAUGGCGUCCUCCUCGCCAAGCUGGGGAGUUUCUUUGCGCCGGAGAUCGUACCGCUGAAAAAAAUCUACGACGGCGAUCAGCUGCGUUAUCAGGCAGCUGGCCUUCAUUUUCGGCACACGGAUAACAUCAACCACUGGCGCCACGCAAUGAGCCACAUCGGUCUGCCCACGCUUUUCCAGCCGGAGACGACGGACAUCUACGACAAGAAGAAUAUGCCCCGCGUGGUCUACUGUAUUCACGCCCUCAGUUUGUAUCUCUUUAAGCUGGGGCUGGCUCCUCAGAUUCAAGAUUUAUACGGGAAAGUGAACUUUACAGAGGAGGAAAUCAGCCACAUGAAAAGUGAGCUGGACAAGUAUGGGUUACAGAUGCCGGCCUUCAGCAAAAUCGGGGGGAUCCUGGCCAACGAGCUGUCCGUGGACGAAGCGGCAGUGCAUGCAGCGGUCAUUGCCAUCAAUGAAGCGGUGGAGAGAGGAGCGGUGCCGGACACCAUGGCCGCCCUGCGGAACCCCAACGCCAUGCUGGCGAACCUUCAGGAGAAGCUGGCGGCAGUGUACCAAGAACUCCUCCACCAAGCCAAGGCAACCAAGGUGGCAAAUGCCCGCCAGAAGGUUCUGCAGGACCCGUCGGACAGUCAGGACAUCUACGACCACUGCUUGACGCAAGCCGAAAUCCAGGGGAACGUUAACAAAGUGAACGUGCACGCAGCUCUGGAGUACGUGGAUGAAGCGCUGGAGAGGAAGGAUGCGAGGAGCCUGUACGCCGCGUUGCAAGACUCCGCCCUCUUACUGCGCAGACUGCAGCGGGAGAACUCCGACUGGUACUUGGAGCAGCUGACCAUUGACCGCGAGCAGAAAGCCCUUGAGCUGGGCUGCGUGGAUCUGCUGGAGAAGGAGGAGCUACAAGCCGGAGUGGACGCAGCCAAUCAGAAUGCAGUCAGAGAGCAUGCCAUGCAGCAGGCUGUCUCCCGUGUUAACGCCGCCAUCCGGAACGGAAACGCCGCACUGACCGCGAAAGAGCUGGCCAGCCCGGACGCGCAGCUGCCGGACGUCUUCCCCUUCGCGGCAGAUCUGUACCAGCAGGAACUCUCCACUCUCCAGGGGCAGAGUCCGCGAGGUUCCCUGGUGCAGGAGGAGCUGUUUGUGGCCGUGGAGAUGCUGUCUGCCGUGGCCCUCGUGAACCGGGCCCUAGAGGCCGGGGACCUGAAUACGUUCUGGGCGGCCCUGGUGAGCGCCGCACUAGGCCUGUCUGAUGUGGAUGAGGACAACAUUCAGAGAUACUUCAAUAAACUGUGUAAGCGGAAGCGGCGGUCUCAGGGUGGGUGUGGCUUCCUCAGCUGGAACGAUCUGCAGUCCUGUGUCAAUAACACUAACGACUCCAUACAAGAGGAGCAUGACCAAAUCCUGGCGGUCAGCCUCAUUAACGAAGCGCUUGAACAGAAUGACCCCCAGAAAACCUUCACCGCCUUGCUCCUGCCAGCGGCUGCCCUCACCGACGUCACCCUCCCAAUAGCCAGCCUCUACCACCAGAUCCUCACCAGCGACCUGCGGCACAAAAAGGAGGUGACCCGGGAUGACUCCGCGGUUCUGUGGUUGGAGGAGAUACAGAGAGGAGUGUCUCAGGCAAAUCAGGAAAAUACAAGAGCCCGGAGAAUGGCUCUGGGCAUAGCGGCCAUCAACCAAUCCAUAAAGGAAGGAAGACCCUCUCAAACCCUGCGGGUGUUACGGAACCCGGAUGCUUUGCUCUGCGGGGUGGUGUCGGACUGCGCCGAUGGAUAUCAAUCUGAACUUGCCGCAAUCAUGAACGGCAAACGCAAGAGAGGCGAUGCAGCCAAUUAUUGGCUGAGGCACAAGGUAAAGGACAGAGGUGACUAUUACUUCCACCUGCGCUCCUUCGAGGGGUCGUGGGAACAACCGCCAGGCUUCAGUCCCAGCAACACGCACCUGUCCCGGGAGGAAAUCCAGUCCACAAUUCAGAAAGUGACAAGCGGCUUCCGGCGGGAGAAGCAGUGGGAGGCCAGCGUGGACAUGCUGGUGAGGCUGCAGGCGCACAUGAGAGGCUACCUGGUGCGCGGGAACUUCACCGAGAGGAAGGAUCUCCUGCACAAGCAAGUGCCCGCCGUCACCGCGAUCCAGGCGCAGUGGAGGGGGUAUAGGCAGCGACAGGCGUAUCUACAGAGGCUCCGAUAUCUACACAGGAACGUAGCGGCUGUCAUCAAGAUCCAGUCACUGGUGAGGAUGUGGCUCGCCAGAAAGAAAUAUCGAGAGAGGCUUAGAUAUUUCCGGAGGAACAUCGCCAGCGUUAUAAAGAUCCAGGCCUUCUUCCGAGCCAGCAAGGCCAGAGGGGACUACAGGAUGCUGGUUCACGCCAAAAACCCCCCGCUCAGCACCCUGCGGAAGUUUGCCCACUUACUGGAGCAGAGUGAACGUGACUUUUGGGAGGAGAGGGAAGUGAUGAAGCUGCGGGAGGAGGUGGUGAAGAAAAUCCGAUCAAAUCAACGGCUGGAGAACGACCUCAAUAUGAUGGACAUCAAGAUCGGCCUGUUGGUGAAGAAUCGGAUCACCUUGCAGGAAGUCGUGUCCCAUUGCAAGAAGCUCACCAAGAAAAACAAGGAGCAGCUGUCGGACCUGAUGGCCCUCGACAAGCAGAAAGGGUUAAAGUCUCUGAGCAAGGAGAAGCGGCAAAAGCUUGAGGCAUACCAGCACCUCUUCUACCUGUUACAGACGAACCCCGAGUACAUGGCCAGGCUGAUCUUCCAGAUGCCUCAGAACAAAUCCACCAAGUUCAUGGAAUCUGUAACCUUCACCCUCUACAACUACGCUUCUGAUCGCCGGGAAGCUUACCUGCUCCUCAGGCUCUUCCAUACAGCUCUGCAGGAGGAGAUCACCUCCAAAGUAGACCGAAUCCAAGACAUCAUAACUGGGAACCCUACAGUCAUCCGCCUGCUGGUCAGCUUCUACCGCAGCGCCCGCGGCCAGAACGCCUUACGCCAGAUACUUGGGAACAUGGUGAAGGAGGUUUUACAGGACAAAACCAUCAAUAUUCGCAUCAGUCCAGUCGAAAUCUAUAAGAGUUGGGUGAAUCAAGUGGAGUCUCAGACCGGAAAAAAGAGCACGCUCCCAUAUGACGUCACUCCAGAGCAGGCGCUCACCCACUCCGAGGUUCAGAGGCGUCUUGAUAUCUCUACCAGGAACCUCAUUUCUGUGACUGACAAGUUUUUCUCCACCAUCUUUGCCAAUGUUGACCAGAUACCUUACGGCAUGCGUUAUAUCGGUAAGGUGCUGAAAAAUUCUCUAAGCCAAAAAUUCCCAAGGGCAAGAGAAGAGGAUAUCCAUAAGAUUGUGGGUAACUUGCUCUACUACCGCUUUAUGAACCCGGCCGUGGUGGCUCCUGAUGCUUUUGACAUAGUGGACAUGUCAGCGGGUGGGACUAUUCAUCCAGAUCAAAGACGGACAUUGGGCUCCAUCGCCAAGGUUCUUCAGCAUGUGGCUGCCAAUAGGUUGUUUGAGGAUUCCCACCUGGGACUCGUCAACCAGUAUCUGGCUGAGACGCACUGGAAGUUUAGGAAGUUCAUCCUCACAGCUUGUAAUGUCCCGGAACCAGAGGAGCGAUUCAAUAUAGAUGAGUACUCUGAAAUGGUCAACACCAUUAAACCAGUCAUAUACAUAACAGUUGGGGAGCUGAUAGACACACACAAGUUGUUGUUAGAGCACCAAGAUGCCAUUGCUCCAGACCAUAAAGAUCCAAUUCAUGAACUCCUUGAAGACCUGGGAGAGCUUCCUACGGUCCAGUCCUUGAUCGGAGAAAGCACUUCCAACCUACAUGACGUGGCCUCAGAACAAGCUUUGGCCCAGCUCCGCAAGCUGGAGAUGUCUCUAACUCUUACUAACAAGUUUGAUAUGGUUGGGACCAAUGCAGAAGAGAUGGACACUCACAGCCUACUGCUCAGUACCAAGCACAUGUUGGUGGACAUCAUCCAGUCCCAGCCUGGAGAUUCUCUGGUGGAAGUUCUGAACAACUCCGCCUCAGCGCAGCAGGAGGCAUCCCACUACCACCUAAUGCACCAAAGAGCUGUCAGAGAUGCCCAGACCCCCGAGAAGAUGAAGCGCCAUCGAUCUCUGCUGGGCAACAGUAAACUAUCGAUUGAGGACAAGAAACGCAAGGUCAUCCGCAACCUGCGCAAACUGGAGAGCCUGGGACUGGUGUCCUCCCAUAACCAUUACCAAGAAAUAAUCGACAUGAUUGCUAAGGAUAUUCGGAACCAGAGGAGAUAUCGUCAGCACAGGAAGGCCGAGUUGGUGAAGCUACGUCAGACCAUGCAAAGGCUGCAAUGCAAGACUGCCUUCCAUGAAGAACAGAUCGACUUCUACAACCAAUACAUCAAAACCUGCCUGGACAACCUCACUGCCAACCAGAAACCGACAGGGAAAAAUAAGAAGCAGAACUCUCUGAACUACACGGCGACCAGACUGCACGAGAAGGGCGUCCUACUGGAGAUAGAAGACCUUCCGUUCAGCCAAUUCCGUAACGUCAUUUUUGACAUAACCCCCUGUGAGGAGCCCGGGAAGUUUCAAGUGAAGACCAAGUUUUUGGGUGUUGACAUGGAAAAAUUCCAGCUUCAUUAUCAGGACCUCCUCCAGCUGCAGUACGAAGGAGUCGCUGUCAUGAAGAUGUUCGAUAAAGCCAAGGUGAACGUCAACCUGCUCAUCUUCCUGCUGAACAAGAAGUUCUUCCGCAAGACCUGAGCUCCGGCCUCGUCUUUCUGCCUCCAUUAGUCCUCGCACGCCGCGUUUCGCCUGUGUGACAACCGCUCUCUUGUGGCCAAAAGGGAACUGCGGCUGUAACGAUUGCACUUCCAUGCAUGAAUCACGUUCGCUUCCUAAUUAAUAUCAAUGCUGCAGAUUAUUAACCUGAACGCUGCUUUAUGUUUCCGUGGAAACGUUAAGGAACCGGCUGCACCUUGAGCUCUGCACCGCAGCCCCGUGGUAGUGUCGGACAGAAGAAAUCAUCUCGUCAGCGAUUUGUGCAAUAUUGUGACUUUUUUACUACACGGCUGCACUGAUUUAUGGUCAAAAGGGCCGGGGCUGAUUAACCCUUUGUCCUCCAUGACAUGGCGUCGCCAUCCUCUGCACUCUCCUUAGGUCACACGUGUGUUGUCUGCACUUAUUAACAAGGAACCUCAUCUAUCAACCACUUGACUUUUUCCAAAGACUGCAGGAGAACUAAUGGUUAAUUGCUUUGAGUGACCUAGAACACUAGAAUCAUAGCUGAGCGGCAUUUAAAGGGUUACCUGGGAUGACCGAAUUGAUGGUCUAGCCUUACAGUAGGCGGUCUUUAGAAUAUCACUGUGGGUCUCGCUCCUGCCUCCCCGGCAGAUGAAGGGGCAUCUUUAUUGGUUAGCAGACACAGCGCCAUACUUCUAGUGGCCGUGCCUGGUACUGCAGCUAAUCUCCAUUCCUUGGAGUGUGCUGCAAUACCAGGCACGGCCACUAAGAGAAGCAUGGCGCUGUG